CGCACAUACGCACAGACGCACACACAAACACACACACAUACGCACACACGCACAGACACACACACAGACAUACGCACACACAGACAUACGCACACACUCAAAGGCACACUCAAACGCACACACGAACAUCUGCAGCGAUGCGUGAGCACCACUCUGUUCGGCCAGCGACCACAGCACGGCGAAGACCGUCCAUCACAAUGCAAUGCGCUGUACUGCUGCUACUCCUGGGCACUGUACCGAGGGCCUGUGUGGCAGAAGAGACGCCGCUCGACGCCGUGGCACUGCCGCCCUCGGAGGACGUGUCGUCUGCAUCCACGGUUGUGGUGACGAUGGCGUCCAAGGACUACAUUGGGCUCUUGCAGCCGUGGGUGCGCCGCAUCAAGGCGGUGGGGAUCGAGGACUUUGUCAUUGUGGCGCAGGACAAGGAGACGCUUGCAGCCGCGGAGGAGCUGGCGCCCGGUCGCGUGCGCAUCGGCUACAACGAGGACAAGGGCACGACGGCAUCGGGCACGGCGGGGAAGAAGUCCGCGUACGGCAACAAGGCGUGGAAGGAAGCUGUGGAAAACAAGGCGCGGUACGUCUGGCACGUGAUUGCUCGCAACCAGACGGCCCUCUACAGCGAUAUUGAUGUGAUCUUCCUCCACAACCCGCUCAAGUACUUGGAGUCACACGUGGUGUCGAUCGGCAUGCCCUAUGGUAACGACAUUGAUGAGCCAAACUUCAACUCCGGGUUCAUCUACGCCAAGCCAACUCCACAGACACAGGAGGUGAUGCGCAAAUGGAAGUCGCUCAGCAAAGAGAUUUGGCGGUACAAGUCGCCUCCGUACGACCAGCGAGCCCUGAACGAGGCUAUCGUCCAGACAAACACCAAGUUCCCCGACAUUGUGGAGCUCCCGCUGCGGCUCUUCCAGUACGCCCCGGACUGCCGCGCGUUGCCGCAAAAGUGCAAGAAGCCGUAUGUCGUGCACUUUCUGGGGUAUUCCACCCCGGCAUCCAAACGCACCGGCAUUGACAAGUUCCUGAGCGCGCGAGGCAAGUAGGAUCGUGCUUCGCUUCAUUCCGUGUAUGUGUGUAUGUAUGUGUGUUUUUGUGUUUGUUUGUUUGUGUUUGUAUGUGUGUUUGUAUGUUCGUGUAUGCGUGUGUUUGUGUAUGUGUGCGACUCCCAAAGUGUUGCGCUGCCCCUCUGAAGUUUAGUAGUUUCUACAGAUCUGUGAGUCGUUUCACACGAGUAAACAACCCAACAAGU